AGUCGUGCGUUGCUCAGCUUCCCGCCGCGUCCGUGUCCUUGAAGCUGCUCCACCACAACUACUCGUGUUGGAGACGAGGAGCCCGCCCACGGUUUCCAAAGCCCCCACGGAUGUGAUUACAUAGCAUGCCCUUCUACCAACAGCAUGUUUGAGACUCGCCAUGCAUCAGAUCGCUAUCACCUACGUCUGCACCGAGCGCGGUCUGUGGUGCUUACUCCAGGCGAAUUAGUCGAAAUCCGUGCCGCGCAACGAACAUUCGAAGGUGCAUACAUCAGAACAAGCCUGAGCCAAUUCAGCUUCGCUCUGGUUGUACUGAAAAUCUUCACGAGCGAAUUCUACAGCAUAGGUGCCCUGUUCGCAGUCUAUGGGGCAGGAGUGCUCGCAGUGAGUGCUUUCAGACGAAUGCAAUCCAACAGACAAUUUUUCACGGAAGUAGGCGAGGACGGGUUGAGCAGAAAGCGCUUCAGAACGAGUGGUAACGUGGUCGUGAUCUUGACUAGUCUCAGCAUUUCGGCCUAUAUCACCCUUAUAGUGCUCACAAUACGACUGAAAGACUUGUGACAUGAAUACGGAUUGACCUCAGCGCCUUGUGACCGACUCCCUCGUUUAGAGGGCAAGCACUUGGAUGUCGAUCAAUAGAUAUCGGUGGUGACGAAGCAACAGUCUGCAUCUGCAGAAGAGCUCACCAAUCUUCCUCAUAUGCAUAGCA